AAAUCGGAGAAGAAAUAACCAUGGACUGUGAUCAGGUGACACUCAAGAAUUUUGAUCAGGAAAUUUCUGAAUACAUUAUUUUACCUGAAAGAAAAACUUAUGCUAAACGGAUUAGAGAAAAUAUGCACAAGUAUUUACAGAAUCUUAAUCAUGGCACAACUUCGGAAGAAAGAGGAAAUGGAUCUAAUGAUGUACGAUUCGCCGGAGCUCAUCUUUUCAAGCGAGGGAUAAUGUUAUGCUUGGAAAUGGAAAUUGAUAUUAUUAGGUUAAAAAAGCCUGGAUGGGGAAAAUUAACCCUAGUGAGGGAAAUUAACCCUCAGAAAGCGUUUGAUGUUCCCU